GGUCAUUUAUAGCCAUCGGCGUCUUGUCACUCAAAUUCGGCUCUAGUUCCCGGGAUCGCUAUCUGGCUGAAGGUCGCACAGUCUAGAGCUGAGACUUCAAAAUGACUUCCAUAUUGACUUGCGCUUUCAGAAAUCUACCUGUGACAUCAACCUGGGCCACCAAAUUCUCUCUAAGACCACUGAGCUAUGCCUCCCAACCACUGUCAACAGCUGUACAGAUCCAAAGUAAGAAGACCUUAACCAAGCCCAAUGUGAAGAAUGUUGUGGUGGUGGAUGGGGUGCGCAUUCCCUUUCUGCUGUCUGGCACUUCAUACAAAGAUCUGAUGCCACAUGAUUUGGCCAGAGCAGCACUUAAGGGCUUGUUACAUCGAACCAGUAUCCCAAAGGAUAGUGUUGAUUAUAUUGUCUAUGGUACAGUUAUCCAGGAAGUGAAAACAAGUAAUGUUGCUCGAGAGGCUGCACUGGGAGCUGGCUUCUCAGACAAGAUUCCUUCUCACACUGUCACUAUGGCUUGCAUUUCUUCCAACCAAGCCAUGACAACAGGUUUUGGUUUGAUUGCUUCUGGCCAGUAUGAUGUGGUCGUGGCAGGUGGUGUGGAGUUAAUGUCAGAUGUCCCUAUUCGACAUUCUAGGAAGAUGAGGAAAUUAAUGCUGGAGCUUAACAAGGCCAAGAGCCUGGGUCAGCGACUGUCUCUAGCUUCUAAAUUCAGACUGAAUUUCUUAGCACCAGAGCUUCCUGCAGUGGCUGAGUUCUCGACCAGUGAGACAAUGGGCCAUUCUGCUGACCGACUGGCUGCCGCAUUCGCUGUUUCCCGCACAGAGCAGGAUGAGUAUGCCCUUCGUUCUCACACUCUAGCCAAGCAAGCCCAGGACCAAGGACUCCUCACUGACGUUAUCUCCUUCAAAGUUCCAGGAAAAGAUACAGUUUCCAAAGAUAAUGGCAUUCGUCCUUCCUCAAUGGAACAAAUGGCAAAACUGAAACCUGCAUUCAUUAAACCGUACGGCACAGUCACGGCUGCUAACUCGUCUUUUCUGACUGAUGGAGCUUCAGCAAUGCUGAUUAUGUCAGAAGAAAAAGCUUUGGCCUUGGGCUAUAAACCAAAAGCAUACUUAAGGGAUUUUGUGUAUGUGUCUCAAGAUCCAAAAGAUCAGCUUUUACUGGGGCCAACGUAUGCAACUCCUAAAGUGCUAGAGAAAGCAGGCUUAACAUUGAAAGAUAUUGACGUUUUUGAAUUUCAUGAAGCUUUCUCAGGUCAGAUUUUGGCUAACUUCAAAGCGAUGGACUCAGAUUGGUUUGCACAGAACUACAUGGGUAGGAAAUCCAAGGUUGGUGCACCUCCUUUGGAGAAGUUUAAUACCUGGGGUGGAUCCCUGUCUCUUGGACAUCCCUUUGGUGCCACUGGUUGUCGUCUGGUUAUGGCAGCUGCCAACAGAUUAAGGAAAGGUGGUGGUCAGUAUGGAUUAGUGGCUGCCUGUGCAGCAGGAGGACAGGGCCAUGCUAUGAUUGUGGAGGCUUACCCCAAGUAAGAGGACUAGAGAGUCCCUGAAGGAUCUGUAAGAGUCCUGUGCUAGGCAAUGCCAUUUCAGUGCACUAAUACAAAGUCAUCUAUACUUGUGUGCUUCUCUUAGGAAAGCAAGAUUUAUAGCCUUUCGUUAAAUAUCUCCUAAUUAAGCCUCACGAGUGUUCUGAGCUGUUCAGUUAUCAUGGCAUGUAACUCUUUCAAGGAUUUCUUAACCUAACAAUAUAAUGCUUCCAAAGAGAUCUUUCUUUUUUCCUUUAUAAAAUUCUUUUUGUCAGUUUCAUUAGAAACUAAAUGAGUGGUUGUAAUUUUAGGGAAUAGAUAACUAAGAUUUGAAAUCAUCGGUGUUACAUUCUCAAAAUCUACUCUUUCAGAAUUUUAUUUUGCUAAUAACAUACAGGUAAAUAUGGUUCCAGUCUAAAUAAAAUACAAACCAAGUGCCUACUCUAAUUUAAUAAUGAAAGGAUGAUGUAAAGUCCAAACUACAUUGAGAAACAUCAGUAAAUGUUUAAAUAUGGAAAGAUCAUCCCUAUUUGCCCAACUUAAUAAACUAAGGAAGUAUUAGAGAUUGGAUGCUUUUUUAUAGGGUGUGUGUUGGGGGCAUGGGUGGGUAGUUCUUGUUAAGUAUAAUCAUGUCUCUAGUUAACUAAUAGGCAGCUCCUAUUCAUUUAAAUCAGCCAUAAGAAUCAGAGGGUAAGCACCAAUGGUUUCUUCUGAGCAGUUUGCUUAUGGAUUUUUAACCUAAAGUAAAAUAAUUUCACCCUUUAAGAGGUAUCUUGGCCAAAUGUUUAAUGAAAUGUUGGAAAACUCUGAACUUGGACCAAUAUUCCUUAGAUCCUCUGGCCUAUUUUUUUUUUUUAUUCCACUAAAGAAAAAGUGCUUUGAGAAAGGAAACUGCUCUGCUGCCGUUUAGUUUGGCUUGGUAAGAUCCUAGUGGUUUGCAAUCAAGAUUGUCCACAAGGUAGGCUGGGCAGAAUGGGGCAGGCCGACCAUAUCCUUUACCCUGUGGCCUUGUCAGCAUGGGUCUUUCUACAUAUGAGAUUUUUAGGUUGAAAAGCAUUCUGUAAAUAGAAUAAAAAUAUAAAAGGAGCAGAAAUUGCUAUUUUCAUUAGGGCAUAUGUCUUCUUCAAAAGUUAGCUUUUGUAGAGUUUCAGAAUUAAAAAAGAACUUUAAAUCCAAGUCCAUCAGCCCUCUGUGUUUAUGUAGGAAUGUAACAGAUGUAUUCCUGCCGCAGAUGUAUUCCUGACUUCCAUCUCUAUUGUGACCUUUGCAGGGAACUCACUCAGGUUAGUUAUGGGAUUUUUUUUUUCCCACAAAGUUAAGUUCUGCUACUUAUCAGCUUUAAUUAUACCUGCCUUACACAAGUAGGUAUUUGGAAUAGUACUUUUAUUUGUUCUAAACUUGCUUCACUCAGGGUUCAAAGUGUGGCCCCUCAUUAUCAGUUAAUCAGUUGACAAGUUUAUAUUCAUGUUACAUAUGAUUUUAUGAGCUUUGGUUCUGUCUCCCUCUUAAUUAGUCAUUUUUCCAAACUAAAGAACCCUAAUCUCAUCAGUCUCCUGAUCAGCUUGUCAAUUUUAUUUGCUUCUCUCCCGAUGUUUCUCCAGCUCCCAUCAUAUCUCAUCAGAGGUGUGGCACUUUACAGUGACAUCUAGCUUUUCCUUGGGCAGUAAGAGUUAGCUCCAAGCUUCUCAGUCUAUAUCCACUGUUCAUUUAGGGGUCUGAACCUGGAGUAUUAAGCUUUAAUACAUCCCACCUCUUCUACUUAACUAUCCACGUGACUGUGGCCAAGUCAGUAACUUUUCGGAGCUUCAGUCUCCUUGUAUGUGAAAUGAGAGGGCUGAAGUAGAUGACCGCUGAGGCCCCUUCCACCUCUAAGUCUACACUCCUGAGUCACGUCAUCUCCCAGUAGAACAGGAAACUGUGAGGCUAAGCAACAGGCAUGGUGUAAGUCUGUCAGCAGAGGGAGUUAGUUCCCCACACCAAUGAAAUCCUACAUCUGGACAAAAACCAAAAUGUUCUUGGUAGGAAGGGAAGAAGACUUGAGAGGAAAUGGAAGAAAAAAACUUCUGGAGAUAGAAAUUUAAAAAAACAUAUUCUGAAAAGAAGUGAGCCAUUUUUGGGGAAAAAGAAUUUAAAUUGAUCAUCACUCCAGUGUUUAUAGCAAAAUGCCAAGUGUUGCCAAUUAACUUUUGUAGCCAAGGAUCAACUUCUUCCAGAAACUUUUGAGGGAAUAUCCUUAGUACAAUAGUAAUUCUCCCUAGGCAAAAAGUCCAAAAUCUCAUGUUCUAAAACCUCAGAUAGUAACUUUUAUCAGUAUGUCUAACUCAUGUGUAACUGUGUUAAAUAGAUGCAUUAAGCCAGCUUGUGGUGCCCAACACAUAUUCAUUCAUUGUGCUGCUGCUGUACUUAAAACAUUCAAAUAUUCAGUUUAGCCAAUGAGGGAAUCCCUACCAGGCAUUGUCUUUCUUGAUUGUCUGUGAUGUCUAAUGUUAGGAGUUCACUUAGCCUUCCUGCCCACCCUCUGCCACCACUUCUGUGAGCAUGGUUUGCACUAUGACCAAUCAAGUACUGCCAAAGACUACAGAAAGACUAUAUAUUAAAACACUUAACUCUGAAUGACCUCGUGGGAACACUCAGCCAGAGGCAGUGGUGUGCUGAGCCAGCUCCAACCAGCUCACUGCUGAUUGUUAUAUUUUCAAGGUGAGCAUUUACACUUUGGAACUCCAAAAUGCUAUAUAAUCAGGACUUGAUUUAUUGUUCUGUUGAUUGUCUAGAAUUAAGUGAUGGAGAAAAUAUCGGUAAUGCAGAUUACACUUAAAAGUGUGUUUUGGGCACAUUAUUUUUCUGUUUGGUUGUUAAACAUCUACCAGCACACUCCUGGCCCGGAAAUCUUUGGUUUUUGUGACAGUUGGUCUUAAGAUACCAUUUAAAUUGACUGCAUCUCCAGAUACCAGAGUUGAGUUCUAAGGCAGCAGGGCUGAAAUCCCAGCUGAGGACAGCCUAAGAGAAAAUUAGCUUUAGAUAUGACAGCACUCACCCUGCAGAACCAUGCCAACAGUGUUAGGUUAUCUCAUUGCUAUAGGUCAGUGCCUGUCCAGCUAAAAUAGAAAUGUGGGCCACUAAACUGUACAUAAACAUCCCUGCUGACCACAUAUUGACCUAGAAAACCAUAUAGUAACAUUAUCCACGUUCUAUUAUGUUUUUAUUUAAUUUGUUAAAUAUUUCCCAAUUACAUGUUAACCUUGUUCAGGCUGCUGGCUACAUGUUUGACAUCUCUGCUGAAGUUGCUGUAUAGGAGCAAGCAGUAAGUGGUUUUUCAGUUUCAGGUGGUUAGUAUCUUUGUUUUGCUUUAGCUUUUCAAGCUCCCUGAUAAAUGUUUUUGGGAUUCAGAGAGCUAGUCUCAUUAUUUACAACAUCAGAAACCUACAUGGUAAUUAACAAACAAAAGUAAUAACUCUAGUUUCUGAUUUCUCAAAAUUUCUCCUAGUUUUUUUUAAGACCUGUAAAAUAAUUUUCAACACCCUUUGAAUUAUGUUAAUCAUCCAAGUUGUGGAACCAAAAGUGAGCAAAAGUGCCAUUGUAGGGGCCAGGUGCCUUUUGUCUAUUGGGUUACAUGACAGAAGAUAUAUAAAGUGGGUCAAGUAAAAAAUAGUGGGUUUUGCUAGAAAGGUUUGCACUGGUUAUAUGUAAUUAUUGGGGGAAAAGAAUGGGAAUAUGUAACCCAGACAUACACAAUAUAAAUCUAUUGUCUGUUGUUUGCAAACUGAGGGUUGAAAGUAGUGGGGCUGACUGUUAGGACUGGAUGGAUGACUAGAUUGUCAACAGGACAGAAAGGAACAGAGGGGUAUAUAAGGUAGUACCCUCCAUUUGUAAGAUGUUCUAUCCAUGUGCAGAUAUUUCUAGAGCCCCAUUUCUGGGGCUUUUCAGCAAAUCAUUAAAAGUUAUAAAUAAAUUUCCCUGGGGAAAAAGUAUUUCCCCUAACAAUAAAAUCCCUCAUUUAUAUAAAAGAAGGGUAAGAUUAUUCUGGAUUAUCCCCAGCCUUGUCCCUUUCCACAUAGCUCAUUCUACAAAAUGCUUCUUCCAGAACACCAUUCUGCACUUGAUGGAUUAUAGCUCCCUCAUAUCUGAGAAUCUACGAGGACUUUAAAAAAACAAAACAAACACGUCAAUCUGUAGGGAAGAAUGUUGCAUAUAGUAUCAGAGGAGGUCACUGUAUCCCAUGUUUUCCCUUAAGUCUUUUCAUUUAUUACAAGAUAAGAGUCCCUGUAGUGUCUGGUGCCUUUUAUCCAUGGGGAUGCAUGAUGGAGGACAAAUAAAGUGAAUCAAAUAAAAAUUGUGAUUUUGCUGGAAA